UCAGGUCGAAUUCUUCAUGUCUUCAGUUUUCAUAUUCUCCGGAGUGUAAUGUUCUGAAGUUGGUUGUUCAUUCUUCCGUAGCCAAGUCUCAUUUUUCGGAGCCAUGAGUUAGAUUCUCCGCGGACACGCAACCAGUCCUUCACCGGAGACCCAAACAACAGGAGUUAAUCCGCGGCAACGCACACCAAUCAAUUAAUAGGGAAGCUGGAGCGUAUGCGGAGGAAUGGAGGAUGUGGUGUACAUGAAUGGAGGUUUGGAGAAGAUAAUGGAGAAUGGAGAAGGAGAGGAUGGACCGAAGAAGAUCUCAAAUGGAUCUCACGUUUUGAAAGACAAAGAGAAUGAUGCAGUGAUAGAAAAUGGGCAUACAGACACUGCCGGUGAACCAGGAAUAAAACCUGAACCGGAAGUAAAAAAUGAGCCGGAAGUUAUUCCUGAACCGGAAGUAAAUAAUCCUGAACCAGUGGUUGAACUCGAUCCAAUAGCUGAACCUGAACCUGUGGCUGAACCAAACUCAGAAGAGGAACAGGAGGUAAAAGAGGAAAAAGUUGAAGAAAAAGAUGAGAAAGUUGACGAAAAAACUCCCAUCAUAACUAAUGGAGAAGAGGAGAAAACUGAAGAUUCAGAGGAAAAGAAAGAGUCUGAGGACCCCUCCUUGACGUUCUCCCAAAACGAAGAAUCUGUUCUGGCACAAUCUGAAAAUCCUGCACAAGAUAAAGAUCCCACAAACUCUGAUAAUCCUACACUAUCUAAUGAUCCUCCCCAAGCAGAAACCGAGGAUCCAACACUUGAAGAUCCUUCAAAAGCUGGUGAUCCUGCACAAGCUGAAGAUCCUUCAAAAGCUGGUGAUCCUGCACAAGCUGAAGAUCCUACCGUAACUGAACCAGUUGAACCGGUUGAAGUUGAAGAACCGGUUUGUGAAGAGAAAAUAAUAAAACCGGUUGGAGACCAGGCGGAAGACGACAUUAAAGAGAAGACGACAGAACGCCCCCUAACAGCUACCUUACGGCCAGAAGACGUUAAAACUGAUCAAAUUAAAACUUCAGGUAGAGGAAGACCAGCUCGGAGAAGCUCAAUGAAAAUGAAUCCUAAAACUCCGGAACAAGGUCGAAUGCCUAAUAGGUCUGCAAACUCUAUGACAAGAAGUACCAGCGAAUCUAGUAAUAUUGUUCAUGAUUCCUGCUCUAGCCGACCACAGUCUAAAUCUCGUCCCACCAGUCGGGAACGGAAACGGCACAUAAUAAACUACGAGGUUCCAGAUAUUAGCAAGGUUAAAGGAAAAGUAGACAAUACGAACCCUGCAUAUAAACCUCCCUCUUCCAGUAAAAAAAUAGGUGAUGAAUAA